AUGGCCAACCGCACAAUAUUUAUAUAUAUAUAUUUUUUCGAUAAUGUGGACGACAUUGAUCCGGAAAAUAUGUGGUUCAAGCAGGAGGGUGCCACGUGCCAAACUGCCAAGGAAAUCAUUAAUCAUUGGUUAGAAUCGGAAAACCCAUUUAAUCCAGAAAAAGUCGAAAAAAUUUUGAAAGAAAUUCUCGAAGAGGCGAUGGAGAAUAUGACCUAUAAUUCUGAAAAAUGUGCAGCGCAGGCAAAAUGGGCUUCAGAUCAAAUUAAAAGCGAUGUGAAAAAACUUGAAUUUGAUAGAUAUAAAAUAAUAGUUUUGGUGACCUUUGGUGAGAAGAACCAACAGGAUGUUUUUGUUUCAAUGAAUUUUUUAUGGGAUGCUGAAAAAGAUAAAUAUGCAAAGUAUACUGCCGAAAACAAUACAGUUUAUGGAAUAGCUCUAUGUUUUGGACUAUAUUAUGAAUAA